AUGCCUCGAGAACUCAUCACGAUCUCAGCCGGACAAGCCGGAAACCAAAUCUCGGCCGAGUUCUGGCCACAGAUCUGCGCCGAACAUGGCAUCUCGCCCACCGGACUGCUCCAGCCACCCCCACAGCCGUCCUCCUCCUCAGCAUCGAUCAGCAAUAAUCCAUUCCAGACUAACGACUGUUCGGCCAUCGACCGCAAGGAUGUCUUCUUCUACCAGGCAGAUGACGACCAUUACAUCCCACGGGCUAUCAUGAUCGACCUCGAACCACGGGUGAUCAAUACCAUCCUGACCAGCGAAUACAGCAAGCUGUACAACCCAGAGAACGUCUACCUUUCAAAGGACGGCGGCGGGGCGGGCAAUAACUGGGCGGCUGGCUACGAGACCGGAGAGAAGAUCUACGAGGAGGUCAUGGACAUGCUCGAUCGCGAGGCCGACGGCUCAGAUUCACUCGAGGGAUUCAUGCUCUUACAUUCGAUCGCCGGCGGAACCGGAUCCGGACUAGGCUCCUACCUUCUCGAACGGCUCUCCGACUCAUAUCCCAAGAAACUCGUCCAAACCUACUCCGUCUUCCCCCACAGUGACGAUAGCUCAGAUGUCGUCGUCCAGCCCUACAACUCCAUCCUCGCCAUCAAGCGUCUCGUCAACCACUCUGACUCAGUCGUCGUACUCGACAACGCCGCCCUCGCCAGGAUCGUCUCUGACAAGCUUCACGUCUCCUCACCCACCUGGCAGCAGACCAACCGGCUCGUCUCCACCGUCAUGUCCGCCGCCACAACCACGCUCAGAUACCCCGGAUAUAUGAACAACGACCUCGUCGGAAUGAUCGCAAGCUUGAUCCCCACCCCGCGCUGCCACUUCCUCAUGACAUCCUAUACCCCCUUCACAUCCGAACGCGACGGCCAGGAAGAGGCAAAGAGCGUCAGAAAGACAACCGUACUCGACGUCAUGCGCAGGCUGCUCCAGCCUAAGAACCGGAUGGUCUCUACCGGCGCAACAAUCAACAAAUCAGCUUGCUACAUCUCCAUCCUCAACAUCAUCCAGGGCGAAGUCGACCCAACAGAUGUUCAUAAAUCACUACUGAGGAUACGGGAGCGUCAUCUGGCCAAUUUUAUCCCAUGGGGCCCGGCCUCAAUCCAAGUAGCACUAACAAAGAAGUCACCAUACAUCCAAACCCAACACCGAGUCAGCGGAUUAAUGCUAGCCAACCACACAAGUAUUGCCUCACUGUUCAAAAGGACCCUCGAUCAGUACGACCGUCUUCGGAAGAGAAACGCGUUCUUGGACCAAUACAAGAAGACUAAUAUGUUUGCAAACAGUUGGGACGAGUUCGACGAGUCUAGAGACGUCCUCGUCGACCUCAUCGACGAAUACCGCGCCGCUGAGUCUAAGGAUUACGUCAACUAUACGGCUCCCAAAAGCUCCAUGGAAGAUGAUAGGGCACAUCAGCGGUAA